CUCACUGUAUCUAUUGGUCCACUCAAGUGUUGGAGCGAACUAGGGGUAUUGUUACCUGGAUUUGAUAUAUGUGGGCACAUACCUGCACUGUUACCCUUGUUCCACGUCAGAGGCUGUAUUACGGGUAUAUAUAAAUAUCACAGGCAAAGAGAAAGUAGGAUUUCAGUGAAUACAACUUUGAGAAGAAAGAGAGGGCGGCCAUUUUGUUGUAAAGAAUGACAGCAGUGUGAAACAUAUUUCAGCAUACAACAGUUUAUCAUCGCCAGUAGGCCAGGAAUAGCACGAGGAGCAGGAGGGGUGAUCUCUGUGUCUGGGAGGAGCAGGAGGGGGUGAUCUCUUUGUCUGGGAGGAAUCCCCACCUGUAGACCAGCAUAAGUUCUGGCACGGGUGGCCCAGUCGUCAUAGGCGCCGCGAUUCACUGUGCAGUCCUUUAGGCACGCCAAAGCAAAGAGAUUAGUAAACCGGAGGUCAGACGAAUGUUGAAUACCCGCUAGACCGAGGCCAUUUUGUUAAAGUGAAUGACGACAGUGUGAUUGACACGUUUCAGCUUGAAACAGCUCCAUCACAAGUGGAUGUCACUGGAAAGCAGUUCUAAACGUCACCGAUUGACUUUGAAUCAAAACAAUGUGGGUGUGUAAGUCUUGCAACACCUUUUGUGAUAAUGCAUUGGACCAAUGCAGUUCAUGUGGAUCUCAUAAAGAAGCUAAUGUGCCCAAGAAGAAACUUUUAACAACUUCUUUGUUCAAAGCUGGAGGGCCACCAGCACCAGCUUCACAACAAGUUCCAGGUUAUUCCAACAUCCCACCUGCAGCACCAGCUUCACAACUAUUUCCAGGUUCCUCCAACAUCCCACCUGCAGCACCAGCUUCACAACAAGUUCCAGGUUACUCCAACAUCCCACCUGCAGUUCCCUUUGCACUACCAGGACUUGCUGCAGUGGGAAAAGCACAAGUUCCCUUUGCACUACCAGGACUUGCUGCAGUGGGAAAAGCACAAGUUCCCUUUGCACCACCAGGACUUGCUGCAGUAGGAAAAGCACAAGUUCCCUUUGCACCACCAGGACUUGCUGCAGUGGGAAAAGCACAAGUUCCCUUUGCACCACCAGGACUUGCUGCAGUGGGAAAAGCACAAGUUCCCUUUGCACUACCAGGACUUGCUGCAGUGGGAAAAGCACAAGUUCCCUUUGCACCACCAGGACUUGCUGCAGUGGGAAAAGCACUAGUUCCCUUUGCACUAUCAGGACUUGCUGCAGUGGGAAAAGCACAAGUUUCAGGUUUGCCGAUUGUGCCUCAGCCCAUAUGUAUUGUAACUGGAGAAAUAGCGAAGGAGCAUGCUGACGUCCUGGUGAACACAACCGGGACUAAUGUCAACCUCCUGGCUGGAACCGUCUCCUACACCUUCCUGGAGGCAGGAGGGAAGGGGCUGCAGGAGGAGCUGACCAGAGCAUGUCCUUCUGGACUGAAAGUCGGCGGCAUAGCUGAGACCACAGGGGGGAAACUACAGUGCCAGAAGGUGUUCCACGUUGUGUUGAAGCAGUGGAUGAAUAAAAAUGAUGCAGCUGAAACGAUCCUGGAGAGAGUAGUCUACAAGUGUCUACAAAUGGCUUCCAAUCAAGGUUUUACAUCCAUUGCCUUUCCUGCACUUGGAUCAGGGUUUCACAGAUUCCCCGGAAAUCGGUCUGCUGACAUUAUCAUCACUGCAGUUGAAGCAUUUUUGCAGACUAAUUCUACUCUUAGAACAGUUAAGCUUGUGGUACACCCAUCAAAUGAGCUUAUGAGAAAGGAAUUUGAAGCAAGGCGACAGGGACUUUCGGUGACAUUUGACAACUCAAAACUUACGGAGAUAGUUUUCAAUAGCCGAGCGGCACACAAUAAAAGACUGGCUGUCUGGGUUAUUGCAGGACUACUUGUUAAGUCAAAGGCUGAUGUCCUAGUGAACACAACCCAGACUGACCUGGAACUGUCCGUUGGUGCUGUGUCUGGAUCUCUCCUUGAAGCUGGAGGCCAGGUUCUCCAAGACGAGUGCAGACAGCAGUACCCAUCGGGUGUAAAGGCAGGGACACUGGUACAGACACAAGGUGGGAAGCUUGCAUGCAAGAAAGUAUUCCAUGUCGUUCUAGAAGUGUGGGCACAGGAGAACAAGAAAGCACUGACGGAUUUUGCCGCAAUAGUCACAAAUUGUUUACACGAGGCAAGGAAACAGGGCUUCAAAUCAAUCAGCUUUCCACUCCUGGGAACUGGUUUUGCUGAAUAUCCCCCUGAAAUAUCAACCACGGUGAUGAUGGCAGCAUUCAAGAAUUUCAUAGACAACCAUCCCAACACCUCUCUGGAAACUGUAUCCGUUGUUAUUCACCCAAAAGACGAAAGCAUAAGAAAGGUUGUGGAAGCACACGUCAGCAAGAUCGAAGAACCGGAAGGUGGAGCAUCAAUGAGAGGAACCAAUGAUCCCUAUGGUCUAGGACAGAAACAUCCCUUCAGCGAGACACCAUAUGUCACUGGAGAAAAAGCCGCUUUGGAAGGAACGACAGUCAAGUACUUUGAGCUGACAAACAAUCCCAUUCUUCGCAACACACCAGAGUACAGCCACUACAGUGUGGUCGAGUCUCAGUUCUUCAGCUUCCUAUCGAAAGACAGUGUCAACAGACACACAUUCAAACUGACAAAGGUCGAAUAUGUGGUGAACCCUGCACUUGUGAAGCAAUUUAGAGCAGCGCAACGACGGAUGGCUAAUAAGCAAACUGGAUUUGAGAAUCCCCUUCUUGGUUUUCAUGGAACUGCCGAAGAUAAUAUUAAAAGUAUCUGUCGUGAAGGAUUCCGGCAACCAGAUCAUCCCUACUUCGAAGAAGUCACUGACGUUGGGUGGUACGGGAAUGGCAUCUACUUCAGUAAAUACCCAAGAUUUUCCAUGAAUUAUAUGCAAAAGACUUGCAAGCUGUUGUUGUGCAAAGUUCUUCAAGGAAAGAUCUUCAAGUGUGAAAACUUGAAAUUGGGCGCGCCUAAGGAGCCAGGAUACGACUCCCAUGUUGAUCCGUUUGGCAAAGAAAUUGUCAUCUAUGAGGAUGACUGCAUCCUCCCCUGCUACAUUGUGCACUUCGACAUCUUAGGGAGGUUUAAAUUUCCAGACGAUGGGGCAUCGCUACAGGAUGAUGAUCACACUCUCAGUCAGUAUCUGAACGAAAUGGACAUGCAUAAAGGAGAGGAGCUUCCAGGAUUCUGAGUUUGAGAAGGAGAAUGUAACAUCUGCUAGUUUUAACACAAAUCUAGCAAAGUGUCAGAGCCAUGACUCGUGUCCUCCUGAUGUUACAAUUGUUGUAAAUAUAUCACUUAUUAUCAUGUAGUCAUUUACAGCGAUCGACCUUCUGGUGUUUCCAACCUGACACAUACUGAGUUAUAUAUGUAUGUUGAGAAAAAGAAAAGACUUGUGUAUGCAGUAAUGGCAAACUUUCUUAGGCAAGGAUGGAUGUAAAGUUAUUUCCUGUUCCUGCAGAAGAGCAAAAAACAUUUUUUUAGAACACUAAGGAACUUUAAUAACAUCACAGUAUAACUGUUAAUAUAUACUAUGUCUGUCUGUCUCUCUCUCUGUGUGUGUCUCUCUCCACCCUCUCUCUCUAUCUCUAUCUCUCUCUCUCUUUCUCUCCACUCUUACUCUCCAGAUCUUACGCUCAAGUUAAACUCAUUGGUGUAGAAAGGUCCAGAGAAGCGUAACACCGGAGGAAUAUGUGUAGCAUGUAUUAGUGCAUAAUGAAUAUGACAUGUAUCUCCUGUCUAGGCGUGCGUGCUUGAGUAAACGUAUAAUUAUGUAAUAUAUACUGGCAUUUUAGUAAUGUAGUCAUUGUGGCCAGUUGUGGCCGCAUAGCAGCAAUACAAUAUCAAUCCAAAUACAUACCGGCAUGUCACGAGCUGGCAGCAACAGCGGGUGAAUUGAAACAAUAGUUAGAUGAGCAUGGAAUAGAUAGUGACCAUAGGCACAUCGUUGAAUAAAACAUGAAAGAGAAAGCAGGAUAAGUGAGUGAGGGAGUAAGGUUUUACGCAGGUGAAACAUAAUCCAUUCAAAUUUCAGCUGGGUAGCGUUCCUACCAAGGAUACAUGUGAUAGUGUGACAUAUGGGGGAGUCAUCCUAAACACUAAACUUGCAUGUACAAAUAUGAUAGUGCGACGUUGACAAAACACAGGACGCACAGUAAGCUCACUCACGUUUGUAGGAUUACAUAGUUAUGAUCUCCACCCUAUUGUAUGUGUUAAAAUAUGGAACCGAAUGGUUCUCUCUACCAGCUUCUAUGCAUGUGAGCUGCUAAGCGGCAUACAUGGUAAAGAUACUAUUCAGAUAGAGAAUUCUCAACAGCACUUUGCCAGAGCCAUUCAAGGUCUAGACCAACAUCAUCAACUGAUUCAGCCAUAGCGAAUCUAGGAAUGUGAACACUAACAGGAUACGUAGACAAAUGCAGGCUACGACUCCUCGGAGGAUUCUGUACAACUCAUGCUACACUGCAAUGAAACAUUAUAUGUGCAUACUUAGCUUAGUCUUAGUCAAUGUUCAUAAUGUCAAAAUUAGCACUAGCAUAUGUGGCAUAAAGAUAUUUUCUCCUUGUAAAUUUAACGUUAAAAUGUCCACUCUUCAUUUAAGCAUAUUAUAUGCGUAUACUUAGUUUAGCUUUAGUCAAUGUUCAUAAUGUCACUAGCAUAUGUGACAUAAUGAUAUUAACUCCUUGUAAAUGUAACCUUCCACAUGUCAUUUUGAACUUUAUCAGUACUGGAAUAGUUCAUUGCAAAAUUGAAUGGAGAUGAAUUGUAUGUUAAGCAAUAUCCUUUCAUGAGAAUGUUCGGUGGAACCUGCCACUGAUAGAAGAUCUUGUCACAUACAGGUACAUUCAUUCAAAUCUUUAACUAAAUGUAUUGAAGAAACUAGCAUUAACAUAUCCUGAUCUUAGGUAUUGCAUCCAAUACUCUCUUAAGAUAGCCUCCAGACCCAUGACAUCAAGAGAAUGUUCUGAAUGUGAAAGGCAUGCCUAUGAUUAUGACAAAUAUGUCCUACUACACUGUGAAUAUUUAAUAAAUGGUCGAAUUGAAUGUUUUUCCACCCGCAUAGACAAAAGGAAUGUUGAAAGUUAUGUUUAAACUGAACUUCUGGAAGAGAAUAAUAUGCUUGCACAAUCUGGAACCAACGUACAUGGGGUGGUAUAUAAUUACUAUUCUAUGUGUAUAUCUUAAAUUUGAAAAAUGUACCAGAUUAUCCCCAAAUUACAUCACAAUAUUUCUCACUUUUGUAAAUAUAACGUUGAUGAUAACUAUAUAUUCAAUCAAUCUUUUUUGUACUUGAGGCCUCAGGCCCAUAUACAAAGUAUACAAAGUAUACAAAAUACAAAAUAUACAUCAAGGGUGAUUGCGGUUUAUCAUAUACAUAUAUACAUGCUCUCCUUACAAGUGAAGCUUUACAAAAUUUUAACAAGAUUUCUACUAUAGCUGGAUCAUAAUCAUUAAUUAAAUUAAAAAAACAUUUGGAUGUGCAUUUGCUUAAAUAUUUCUUUGGUACAAAAAGGUUUCUCAAAUCAUUUUAACAGGCAUUUCAUUAUUAUGUGGAAUUCAUCCUCUAACUCAUUCAAAUUACAAUUCUGACAGAUUCUUUUACAUUUUUCGACAUUUUUCCAUCUUCCAACAUUUUUGUAGUUUUUUGCACCUCCAGUUCUUAUAAGAACUAAGUAUCUUCUAUGCAUCGAAUAUUUUUUUCAAAACACAUAUGGUUCAGCAUUUAAUGAAAAUUUGGAUUUACUGUAGCUAUCGAAUCUUGUACUUUCAUAUUUAUAUAUGUACUAGCACCAUGCAUUUGCUCGGAUGUUAAUUCCGGAGGAAAUAAAGAAAUUCGUUCAUUGAUUCAUACCGGCAUAUCACGAGCGGGCAGCAACAGGGGGUGAAUUAAAACUAUAGUUAGAUGAGCAUUGUGUAGAUACUAAAGAGACCAUAGGCACAUCAUUGAAUACAAACAUUAAAGAAAAAGCAGGAUCAGUGAGUGAGUUUUUUUAGUAUGAUUUUACGCAGUUUUAGUAAUAUUUCGGAGACAUCUCGGCCGGGGAUGCAAGAAAUGGUCUUCACACAUUGCAGUCAGCAAUACUGUAGCUGCAGCAGCAAAUAUUAAAAACAUAUCAUCCAAAUAUUAGUUUGUUCUUGUGCAAAUAGGAAGAUGGGACAUGCACAUUGUGUAAUGAUAGGCGAUCUCCUCAUGAGUGAGUGAGUGAGUGCAUAUAACGACGCAGCCACACGACACAAGAACUGUCCAUUCCUGAAGUUUACCUACGUGUGUAUUUACAGACUCACAUUUAUUUCUAAUCCAGUGAUCCUAGUAAAACAUCUCCACUCUUCCUCAUCCACUCUUCCUCAUCAAUCAGACGAAAGGAAGACGUGAAGGUACCCCUCAUCGUAAGGGCCGGCCAUUUAAUAAUAUUCACGCUUUUUUUUCGGUGGGUGGGUGGUAGGGGGGCGUUUUAUGAGGGGCUAUUUGGCGUGUGUGUGUGUGUGUGUGUGUGUGUGUGUGUGUGUGUGUGUGUGUGUGUAUGUGUGUGUAUGUGUGUGUGUGUACUCUUUUUAAGGACUUUAUGGUUGAAAUGUUACGUUAUGAAGAUGAAGAUAUACGCGAUCCACGCGAGCAAAUGACGCAGAACAUGAAGGUGAUGUAAGUUUGUUUGGAAACGUAUGCACAUGUUGCAGUAGAAAGUGAUUCUGUACAAAUUGUGGACGGUAUUCCAAGGGAGGCAAUCGACAUUAACGAGGACUCCCCUGGUGUUCCCUCCAUUGACUCUUCAGUGGAAGGGAAUCUGUGUAUGUAUAAUGUGCCUGUGGGAUACCACCACUUCAUCUAUGGUUGAUAAGGUAAAUGGUGAAUUAUAAGAAAUGAAGAUCAGCUAACUUCCUAACAAAACAUAAUUUGGGCUUAUGCAGAUUUUGUUACUUCUGUAAAGCCAAACACUCUUGACAGAAAUUGUUGACUCGGUUGAAUAAAAAGGAUUUAGCCAAU